GUAAAAAAUCUAAACAUCGUUCAUUACAUACCAUAUCUUGAAAUUCCCCAGCAAUUACAAACAGCAUAUCAUCGAUCCCUAAACGAACCAAAACCAAAACCACGAUGCCAUCCACCCCACCUUUCACCUCCCUUCCGAUCCAGCCGUCUGGCCCUCGAGGUAAUGCCUGGGGACUCUUUGGCAUCAAGGAUGAACUCGGGAUGCUCAAUCGUCUCACCCCAGAAACAACUCUGUCAGCAACAAAAGAAAUAGAACACGGUAUUCGAAUUGCUACUGACUGGCCAAUGAACAUGCCCAAAGUGCCCUGCUUCGGCCGCCAGAAGUUCCACCAACACAUCUUCCAUAAAGUCCCCAGAACAGUCAACGACGAUAUUCUUACGCUCAAUACACAGUCUAGUACGCAAUGGGAUGGCUUCAGACAUUUUGGGUAUCAGGAUCAUAAGGUGUAUUUCAAUGGGUGUGAGCAAGAGGAAGUGAUGAACUCGGAGAGGAAUGGAAUUCAUGUUUGGGUCCAAAAUGGCGGCGUAGUGGGACGCGGUAUUCUUCUCGACUACGCAGCAUGGGCAAAAUCCCAAGGCAUCACUCCAGCUCUUCUCUCAACCACCGAGAUCACCGUCAGCGAACUAGACGCCAUCGCCGCAUUUCAAAAUGUCACAUUCCAGCCUGGUGAUAUACUGUUCAUCCACAGCGGCUUCGUGAAAUCACUCGAGCGUCUCCCCGAAGAAGAAGCGUCCGCUUAUGCAGCCAUCAACCCUCCUCCUGCCAUCGGCGUCAAGUCGUGUGAAGAGAGUUUGAAAUGGAUCUGGGAGAAGGAGUUUGCUGCUGUGGCGGGCGACAUGCCUGCUUUUGAAGCGCUGCCGUUCCAGAGUAAGACACAUUGGAUGCAUGAGUGGCUUUUGGCGGGGUGGGGAAUGCCGAUUGGAGAGUUUUUUGAUUUGGAGAAGUUAGCGGAAGAAUGUGGCAGGUUGAAGAAGUGGACUUUCUUCUUUAGUAGUGUGCCUCUAAAUGUUCCGGGAGGAGUUGCUAGUCCGCCGAAUGGUGUGGCUAUCUUGUGAAAUGUGGAAUUGAUGAUGUGUUUCUUAUUU